GUAUGUAACGCUGACAUUAUCAGCGUUACAUUCAAGGCUAAUGCAUCAGGCCAGCUGCAGCUGCACUCAUAUCGACGUUGAGAACCGUCACCUUGCUUUGGCGAAACGACAUAAUUAAACCAAAAAUGUCAGUUAUUAGCACAAUUGUUGACAUUUCUGUCUUACUGGGCACACUUAUACUGUCCUAUCUGGAGGUUUUUUACCGACUCAUUGUUCCGGCGUCUCGUAAGUUGGUAGCGGGCCGCACGGUGCUCAUCACCGGGGCAGGGCACGGUUUAGGCCGGCUGAUGGCCCUGAACUUUGCCCGCGAAAGAGCCAUCUUGGUGUUGUGGGACAUCAACCAAGCGAAUAAUGAGAAAACGGCAAGAGAUGUGCGUAACCUUGGAGGCCAAGCAUUCUCCUACACAGUGGACUGUUCCUCAGCCAAGGCGGUGAGUGAGACAGCUGAACGAGUCUUGGAGGAAGUUGGUAAUAUCUACAUGCUGAUCAACAAUGCUGGAGUGCUGGUUGGUGAAGACAUAUUGGCCUUGUCUGAGCAGAGCAUUCUACAGACUAUGAAUAUCAACGUCCUGACACAUUUUUGGACUAUUCGUAGUUUCUUACCAGGAAUGCUAGAAGCUAAUGAUGGCCACAUUGUCAGCAUUGCAUCUAUGGCCGGCAAGCAAGGUUCCCAUCGCCUCACUGACUACUGUGCCUCUAAGUUUGCUGCUGUGGGACUCCAUGAAUCUCUGACGGAUGAAAUUGAAAAGGUCUACCAAAGGCCGGGGGUGCAGACCACUGUAGUGUGUCCUAUGUUCAUCAACACAGGAUUGAUUCACAGUAUCAGUACAAGGAUUGGUGGACCAGACAUGCUGAAGGCAGAGGAGGUAGUGGAGCAGAUCAUGGAUGGUGUGCUGAAAAACCAAAGAGAAAUCCUGGUACCGACUGUCUCCUCAUGGGUGUCGCUGGUCCUCAAAGCUGUGUUACCAAAGAGGGGUUGGGAGGCAAUUCUGAGGAGCCAGCAGAUUGUCAUUCCUUCACAGACAAGGGAGGACAAAUGACUAUACAAAAGAGAGUGUUAUCGCCUGUGGUUACUCAAAAGCUUAGACAUGUUACAGCUCACGGAGGACAGUGCAAAUGGCCAGGAGUGAUUGCAGUUAUUGCAGUGAUAACAUGGUGACUUCAACCAUCCUCCACAAUACAUAUAUGCGAAUCAAGCUUCCAGCUCCAACUUUCAAGUUCAAUUUCAAACUUAAUUUGAAAAAAAAGAUUGUUUGCAUCACAUUUCAAUAGAUUGCUAUAUUCCAUAAGGCAGUUCUUGAAUUAUCGUUUGUGAAAACUAGCUUUUGAGUCUUACUACAAUUAAAGUGAGGAUUCAAUAAUGGUCUAGCAAGAAUCAUGAUUUCAAGACAUUGUAUGUGAAAACAAUCUUUUGAAAAAAAAUGUUUGCAUCACAUUUCAAUGGAUUGCUACAUUCCAUAAGGCAGUACUUGAACUAUUGUUUGUGAAAACUAGCUUUUGAGUCUUACUACAAUUAAAGUGAGGAUUCAGUAAUGGUCUAGCAAGAAUCAUGAUUUCAAGACUUUGUGAAUGAGGAACAAUGCAAGUGCCUUUAGAUUUAUAUAUUUCUGAUUUGAAAGUUACAAUUAAAUAUUUCUUCCUAGGCUUUUUACAUAUUUUGGAAAAAAUCCUACAUAAAUCGAGCAACUCAUUAAUUUAUAUCAGUCACUUUGAAAAAUGUGCUUUAACAAGUAUUUUGAAAUUGUAUGUAAAUACUCAACAAUAUUACAGUACUUACCAAAUUUUUUAAAACUCUAUAAAUUUUUUAAAAAAAUGACUUUCUUGAUAAAAAAAAUAUUUUAAGAGGUUUUUGGUUGUGAUGAAAAAAAGUUGUAAAAAAUAAUUAAGAGAUAUUUACUUAUCCCGAUUUUUGAAAAAACUUAUGAGAUUGUAUUGAGAACAUUUUUAAUGUUAAAAAAGUUUGUGUAGAAUGUCUUCCUUUAUUCAUAAUUGGAAUUAUUUUAGGGAUAACUGGGUUAGUAAUAGUACUAAAGCUAUGUCAAAUGGCAUAAAUAAACACUGAAAAAUAGCUAUGCAUACCUGUGGAAAAUGGUGGCUGUAUUUUAAAUUACAUUGAUUUAAAUCACCAGUUCAAAUUGCAAUAAAAAUCAUAUUUUUUUAAAUGUAA